GACUGACGUCACGACCCGGGCGCGGGCGUGUGGGGUUUGGCCACGCGGAUUUAGCUACUUCGGGUCUGCGUAACUGCGUACGUAGACGUGCGGCUUUGAAAUGCAGCGGGAUUUGAUGAGUUUCCCGCUGUCUCCGGCAGUACGGGUGAAGCUCGCGUCUGCAGGUUUCCAGAACGCUGAGGAACUCCUGGAGGUGAAACCCUCCGAACUCAGCAAAGAAGUUGGAAUAUCUAAAGAGGAAGCCUUAGAAACUCUGCAAAUUAUAAGAAGAGAAUGUCUCACAAAUAAACCACGAUAUGCUGCUGCACCAGAGUCAGGCAAGAAGUGUACAGCACUGGAACUUCUUGAGCAGGAGCAUAGCCAGGGCUUCAUUAUUACCUUCUGUUCCGCACUGGAUAAUAUUCUUGGGGGUGGAGUACCCUUAAUGAAAACAACAGAAAUUUGUGGUGCACCAGGUGUUGGAAAAACACAAUUAUGUAUGCAGUUGGCAGUAGAUGUGCAGAUACCAGAAUGUUUUGGAGGAGUGGCAGGUGAAGCAGUUUUUAUUGAUACAGAGGGAAGCUUUAUGGUUGACAGAGUGGUAGACCUUGCUACUGCCUGCAUUCAGCAUCUUCAUCUUGUAGCAGGAACACACAAUGGAGAGGAACACCAAAGAACUUUGAAGGACUUCACUCUUGAAAAUAUUCUUUCCCGUAUUUACUAUUUUCGUUGUCAUGAUUAUACAGAGCUACUGGCUCAAGUUUAUCUUCUUCCAGAUUUCCUUUCAGAUCACUCAAAGGUUCGAUUAGUGAUAGUAGAUGGCAUUGCUUUUCCUUUUCGUCAUGACCUUGAUGACCUCUCCCUUCGAACUCGAUUACUAAAUGGCCUAGCCCAGCAAAUGAUCAGCCUUGCGAAUAAUCACAGAUUAGCUGUAAUUUUAACGAAUCAAAUGACAACAAAGAUUGAUAAAAAUCAGGCCUUACUGGUUCCUGCAUUAGGGGAAAGUUGGGGACACGCUGCUACAAUACGGCUAAUUUUUCAUUGGGACAGAAAACAAAGCAGGUUGGCAACAUUGUACAAAUCACCAAGCCAAAAGGAAUCCACAGUACUGUUUCAGAUCACACCUCAGGGAUUUAGAGAUGCUGUUGCCACAGAAGGUUCAUUGAGUACCCGGAAAAGGUCACGAGAACCAGAGGAAGAACAGUAACCCCAAAACAAAUCUAAAGUAUACAAAUAUAUUGAUGUGAAAUUCAUUGUUUAUGAGUAGUAGACUCAUUACUUUAAAAUAUGAGUAGUAGACUCAUUACUUUAAAAUAUAAACACAUACAGUAAUAUGAACGAAUCAGGAUUAUAUGAAGUAAACAGGAAAAGUACUUAAGGAAUGUGAUUCUCUGAAAGAGGUUUUCUAAAGCAGUGUUCUACAAUUACAUUUUACUUUGAUUUCAUUUUCAGUAGCAUUCGGUAAGAUGUGAUAUAGGUAUUACAUUUUCCAAAUGUGGAAAGCUGCUCUCAUGUGACCAAUCUGAAUUUGACAUUCAGACUAGUAAAUUUCUUUCCCAAUUGCCUAGAAAUUCAUAGGAAUAAAAGAUUUUUUCAUAUUCUUAUUUGUUCUUCUCUUUUUUUUAAAUAAUUUUUUUAGUGUAAAUGGACACAAUACCUUUAUUUUAUUUAUUUAUUUUUAUGUGGUGCUGAGAAUUGAACCCAGUGCCUUAUAUGUGCUAGGCUCUACCACUGAGCUACAACCCCAGUUCUCAAAGUAGUUUUGAUAAUUCUUUAAAAUAACCUGUUUUUAUUACCGUAAAGAGAAACUAUGAGUCAGCAUAUCCUGUUUAGUUUUAUGGGUAGGAUACAAAUUUUAGAUGAUCAAACUGAUUUUAAUGAAUUCGAUUCUAAAAUUUAAGCCAUUUGUUUGUUAUUUUAUAAAGUUAAAGGAAAGAUUUUGAUGCUGUUAUCUCAUCUAGAAAUUGUUUAAAACAUUUCAGGGUAAGCUGAUAAGCCUGCAGUUAUUUAUUUCUACAUUUUUUAAGCAUUUUGUGAUCCAUUCUAGAAUUCUAGAAUUCCUUUGAAUAAUCUUAACCCUGCUUGAAUAAAUUAAAAAUUUGGAUUGUUUGAGUGUUUUCAAAAUGCAUUUACAAAAUUUACUUACUGGUUUCCUGUGGGAAAAGAAAGAAAAAUUUUUUUUCCUUUUGGAUGCUGGGAGUCAAACCCAGGCCCUUGCCUAUGCUAGGCAAGUGCUCUACCACU